AUGGCUUCUCCUAAGGUCGCUAUUGUCUACUACUCCACCUGGGGCCACAUCCGUACCUUGGCUACUACCAUCAGACAAGGUAUCGAGUCUGCUGGUGGUAAGGCCGACCUUUACCAAAUCCCUGAGACUCUGUCUUCCGAGAUUCUCACCAAGAUGCACGCUCCUCCUAAGUCAGACGACCCUGUCAUCAGCCCUGCUGACUUGACCAACUACGAUGCUUUCUUGUUUGGUGUCCCCACUCGUUAUGGUAACUUCCCCGCUCAAUGGAAGGCCUUCUGGGAUGCUACUGGUGGUUUGUGGGCUUCUGGUGCUCUCUGGGGUAAAUAUGCCGGUGUAUUUGUUUCUACCGGUACCCCCGGUGGUGGUCAAGAGGUCACUGUCCUCAACUCGUUGUCCACCUUGGCCCAUCAUGGUAUCAUCUAUGUUCCUCUUGGUUAUAAGCACAACUUCCACAUUCUGUCCAACUUGGAGGAAAUCAGAGGCGGUAGUCCAUGGGGUGCAGGUACUUUUGCUGCUCCUGAUGGCUCUCGUCAUCCUAGCAAGCUUGAGCUCGAAUUGGCCGAAGUUCAAGGUAAGGCCUUCUGGGAAACUGUUUCUAAGGUUUCCUUUUAA